AUGGAGAUGAUAUUUCAGGCUAUCCAGUGUACUGAAGAAGAAAAGGUAAUCUCUACGGCUCAAAAGAUGAAAGGACCGGCAGUUAGAUGGUGGAAUACGGAAUCUACGUAUUUCACUAACCGAGGGAUUCCAAAGGAUUGGCAACAUUUCAAGACAGCUUUCUUGGAGAAGUACUACCCCAACAGUGUGCGUGCUUUGAAAGAGCGUGAGUUUCAGUCCUUCAAACAAGGCAACAUGUCGGUAUCUGAAUAUGCUGAGAAGUUUGAGGACAUGGCUGCCUAUUUCGGACAAGCAGCUUAUGCACCAGAUGAGUUGUGGAAGAUUGAUCAGUUCCUCAUGGGGCUGAAUGCCGAUAUUGUACACAGUGUGUCUCAAAGGGAGUUUACCACUUAUGCUGAAUGUCUGAGACAAUGCUAUGUUGCUGAGAACACAUUGAAGAGGCUCCAAGAGGAAAAAGAGCAGAACAGGCCGGUUCGUAGGGAUCAUGGAAGGUCGGGACAGCAUUUGAAACCCCGUACUUCUCCAGCGGUGAAGAAACAAAAACAUGAUGGUAACUUAACUCAACCUCCUUGGUGUGGCAAGUGCAACAAGAAGCAUCAUGGGAAUUGUAGGCCGGAUUUUGGAAAUUGUUACAAGUGCCAUCAACCAGGGCAUUAUGCGAGGGAUUGUACUGCCCCAAAUGUUCUUGAGAAGGCUAAAGGUCGUGUUUACACCUUGGACGCUAGGAAGGCCCAAGGAAACACUAAUUUUGUUGCUGGUACGUGUUAUGUUAAUGAUCAGUCCUUGUUUGUGCUAGUUGAUUGUGGAGCAACACAUUCUUUUAUUUCUUAUCCUUGUGUGCGGAGGCUUGGUUUUAAGACGAGUCUUCUUCCUAAUCCUAUGAUUAUCUCGUCGGCUACGGACGAUGUAGUGGAAGCUCGGGAAAUUUGUAGGGAGUGUUCUAUUACCUUCAAUGGUCGUAGAUUCCUGAUUGACCUUAUUUGUCUACCGCUUAAGAAGAUCGAUGUAGUGCUGGGAAUGGACUGGUUGUCAGCUAACUCGGUGUACAUCGGUUGUAAAGAGAAGACUAUCUUCAUCCUUGCUGUGGAGACUACAUCAACCGAUGCCAUUGAACAUCUCCUUGAAGGUACGAUUAACAUGGUCAACUACCUUUUUACUCAAGAGAAGUCUUUCCUUUUUGUUCUUACGUUGGACUCCAAGGACAAGGAGAGUGUAUUGGAGAUUCUGGUUGUGUGUGAAUUUUCCGAUGUAUUUCCUGGGGAUGUUACUUCUCUUCCGCCGAAAAGGGAAGUUGAAUUCUCUAUUGAUCUUGUUCCGGGUACCGCUCCAGUUUCGAUUGCCCCUUAUCGAAUGUCUCCUGCAGAGCUAAGGGAGUUGAAAAAUGACAUCUUGAUCUACUCUCGGACUAUUGAAGAGCACAUGGAGCAUUUGAGGAUUAUGUUGUCGGUUCUUAGAGAAAAGCAGUUGUUUGCGAAGUUUAGUAAGUGUGAGUUCUGGAUGUCCGAAGUUAAGUUUCUUGGACAUGUCAUAUCUGGCGGCAGCGUAGCUGUAGACCCUUCAAAGGUAGAAGCAGUGAUAAAUCGGGAACGACCUAAGAAUGCAAUUGAAGUUCGUAGUUUCCUAGGCUUGGCAGGUUACUAUCGAAGGUUCAUUAUGGGCUUUUCCAAAUUGGCAUUACCUUUGACCAGACUUACAAGGAAGGAAGUUUCAUUCAAAUGGAAUUCAGAAUGUGAGAAGAGUUUUCAGAAGCUCAAGGAGAAACUGACUACUGCUCUAGUGUUGGUGAUCCCAGAUCCAAACCGAUCUUAUGAAGUUUUUUGUGAUGCUUCUAAGAAAGGUUUAGGUGGAGUGUUGAUGCAAGAUGGGUAG